AUGGCGGAAUCCGUAAUGGAGGCGGACGUUGAUAGUAUAAUUGACCGUUUGCUCGAAGUGCGAGGACAUCGUCCGGGGAAGACGGUCACCCUGCAAGAGUACGAGAUCAAGUACCUCUGCGUCAAAUCGCGCGAGAUCUUCAUAAAUCAGCCUAUCCUCCUCGAACUGGAGGCGCCGAUUAAGAUAUGCGGCGAUAUUCACGGCCAAUACUACGACCUCCUCCGGCUAUUUGAGUACGGUGGCUUCCCACCUGAGGCGAAUUAUCUCUUCCUUGGCGAUUACGUCGAUCGGGGGAAGCAAUCUCUCGAGACGAUCUGCCUGCUGCUGGCGUACAAGAUCAAGUACCCCGAAAACUUCUUCAUACUCCGCGGCAACCACGAGUAUGCCAGUAUUAACCGCAUAUACGGGUUCUACGACGAGUGCAAACGAAGGUACAACAUCAAGUUGUGGAAGACGUUCACGGACUGCUUCAACUGUCUACCCAUCGCUGCCAUCAUUGACGAGAAGAUAUUCUGUAUGCAUGGAGGUCUAAGCCCCGAUCUACAGAACAUGGAGCAGAUUCGCAGGGUGAUGCGGCCCACGGACGUUCCCGAUACAGGGCUCGUUUGCGAUCUCUUGUGGUCUGAUCCGGACCGGGAAAUCACCGGGUGGUCGGAGAACGAUCGCGGCGUCUCGUUCAGGUUUGGGCCAGACGUAGUUGCCCGCUUCUUGCAGAAGCACGAUCUAGACCUGAUCUGUCGAGCGCACCAAGUCGUGGAGGACGGCUACGAGUUCUUCGCCAAGCGCCAGCUCGUCACCCUCUUCUCCGCCCCGAAUUAUUGCGGCGAGUUCGACAAUGCGGGCGCUAUGAUGAGUGUGGACGAGACUCUGCUCUGUUCUUUCCAAAUCCUGAAGCCUGCGGAGAAGAAAAAUCGGUACCCGUAUGGCUCUGGGAGACGUGGUCCGCCGCCGGGCACACCGCGACGAUGA